GAGGAGGAGACUGUAUGGGGUUUAAGCCUGCCACAGAGAAGACCUAGAGGAGGGCUUAGAAAAUAUAUAAAGGUCAGGAAGGUGAUGUAGAAAGCAAUGGUUCCUUUAGUGGAACAUGCACUAAAUGUUAACUCAGCUUUUGUUUAUAGAGAUGAGUUUCACUGCAAGUCCUUUUUCAUUUCUAGUUUUAUCCUACAAAUCCACUGCACUGGAUACAUCUUUGGUGUGUUAAGAGAAGACGAGAGGAUGUGGAUGUUCCAGAAGCUUUUUAUGCUUCUUCUUUCUGGCAUCGUCGGUACUGAAUGUCGCACCCAGAAAUUUAUCGUGGCCGUUUUCCGCCACGGCGAUCGAUCGCCCAUUGAGACUUAUCCCACGGACCCUCACGGAGAGGAAGUCUGGGCCCAGGGCUUCGGACAGCUGACUGAGCUCGGGAUGAGGCAACAGUUUGACCUGGGCAGGUUUCUGAAGAAGCGCUAUGCGCACUUCCUCAGCAAGGACUAUAACAGCAAAGAGAUGUACGUGCGGAGUACAGACUAUGACCGUACCCUGAUGAGUGCCCAGGCCAACCUGGCUGGCAUGUUCCCCCCUAACACACGCGCCCCUCCCAUCAUGCCCCAGUUACCAUGGCGGCCCAUCCCAGUGCACACCAUGCCCAGAGCCCAAGACAAGCUGUUGAAAUCUCCAAGCAAACACUGUCCCAGGUUCAGAGACCUGAUGACUGAUGUCUCUGACAGCAAACCCUACCAGACGUUCCUCAAGACCCAUGAGAACUUCAUCCAGAAACUUGCAAACUACACUGGCUAUCCUGUGUCCAAAUUGGUGGGCAGAAAAGUCUGGAGAGUCUUUGAUACUCUCACAUGCCAGAAGAUCCACAACCUGACCCUUCCUGGCUGGGCCACACAGGAAGUGUUGCAGACCCUGAAGGAAAUGUCAUCCUUUGAGGUCACAUACAGCAUGCUCAUUCACAAGAGAAAGGAGAAGGCAAGGCUUUCAGGAGGGGUCCUUAUAAAUGCCAUCCUAAGAAAUUUCUAUAAGGCAAUGGAGGAAGGGAGCAGCCUCAAAUUCAUCAUGUAUUCUGCACACGACUCCACCCUCAUCACCCUGCAAGCUGCACUAGAAAUCUACAACGGCCUGUUUCCUCCCUACGCUGCCUGUCAACUCUUUGAGUUCUAUCAGGAGCAUGAUGGAUCAUAUUCCCUGGAUUUUUACUACCGCAAUGACUCAUCCCAUGACCCGUACCCGACCCCCGUGCCUGGUUGCCAGAUGAACCCCUGCCCUUUGACCCUGUUCACCGAGGCGGUUAAGGACGUCAUGACGGAUGACUGGGAGUCUGAGUGUGGUCUUCUGGAGUCGUGGUCAAAGACAGGGAUCAUUGCAGCACUUGCAGUUGCAGUGGCAGUCCUGGCAGUGGCGCUGUUGAUCAGUACAGGACUAUUAAUCCACAAGAGAGGACACUUACUCUAGAGAGGUGUAGGACGUGAUCCUCCAUGCUCGUGGUGUGAAUGACUGUGGAGAUUCGGUAGUACACUGGAUGUGCUGAUGUAGCGCUGUAUUCCUUUAUUCCUUUUUUCUUAUCUUAUUUUAUCUUAUAACGUUUUAGGGCAUCAUUUAUGUGUUUUUGGUAUCAAUGAGUAUGCUCUACUUUCACUACACUACUUUCUAUUUAAUGCAAAUGUUUUUUUUUUCAUUUAUAAAGUUUUAUAUAAUUGUGAUAAAACAGGAUGCAUAAACACUUCAAGUAUGUUUUAUUGAUGAAGACACAUAUGUAUUUUGUCCAGAGCUACCGUCAUUGUGAUUUGGUUCAUGUAAUUUUUAUAUUUUUAUUCUUCUCAGUCUUUCUCCGUCUUUUCAACUGGGACAGCUGGGAAGAGAAGUAAGGAAUAAGAAGUUACAUGAAAUAAAACCCAGUUGCGCCUCUGUGUUCCAGCAUUUUAUACAUUUAAGUACUAUAUCUUUAAUCAUUUUAUUUUAUAACCAAAUCAACUGACUUGUCUUUUUACCAAUGAAUACUACACACUGACCUUGAAGCCUAGAUGGAUAUCUAUUGUAUUUAAUAUCCCUAAGUGUGUUUCAUUUCAUUUAAUAAAUCAAUC